GAUGAACAGCCCAGCCCAGAAAAUUUAUGGGCUCUUUCAUCUUUAAUGGCAUUUAGCAGGAGGUGGAAGGUUCUUCAUCAUGUCCAGAAAAUGCGAUUGUUGAUAUGGGUGUUUGAGGGGAGGAAGAAGAGGCUUUGCUAAGGGGAGGAGAGAUCAGAAUUGAAGGAAGUUUGUGUAAAUAUUAAUAAUACAUAAUGGAUAGGGCGGCAGAGACGCCGUAUCCGGCGGUGUCUACCCGGAAGAAGAUGACGAAACAGCUGACCGGAAAACGCGAGGACACGGUUUUGCAUUCGGCGGCGAGGGCGGGGAACAUUGCGGCGAUAAUGGAAAUGGUUAACAAGACAGGGGAAGAAGAAGAAGAGGCGGCGGAGAUGCUAAUAAAGCAGAAUUCAGCAGGGGAAACAGCCUUGUAUGUGGCUGCAGAAUAUGGGUAUGUUGAGCUUGUUAGGGAGAUGAUCAAGUAUUAUGACCUUGUGGCCGCCGGAAUCAAGGCCAAAAAUGGCUUUGAUGCCCUCCACAUUGCUGCCAAACAAGGCGAUUUAGAGAUGGUGAAAGUACUAAUGGAGGCUCAUCCGGAGCUGUCGAUGACGGUUGAUGUGGCUAACACGACGGCGUUGCACACGGCGGCGACGCAAGGGCACAUAGAGGUGGUGGAUUAUCUGUUGGAGCAAGAGGGCAGCCUGGCAGCCAUAGCCAAAAGCAAUGGAAAAACAGCUUUGCAUUCAGCUGCCAGGAAUGGGCAUGUACAGGUUGUGAAGGCUAUAUUGAGUAAAGAACCCAGGGUUGUUAAUAGGGUGGACAAAAAAGGUCAAACCGCCCUUCACAUGGCGGUCAAAGGCCAAAAUCUCAAGGUGGUGGAGGCUCUAAUCCAAGCUGAUCCUUUGUCCGUAAAUAUGGUGGAUACUAAGGGCAACACAACAUUGCAUAUAGCAGCUAGAAAAGGCAGAGCUCAGAUUGUGAAGAUGUUAUUGGAGCAGGAACAAAUGGACACAAGAGCAUUGAACAGGUCAGGCGAGACAGCUUUGGACACAGCAGAAAAAAUGGGGCAUGGCGAGACGGAAGCCAUGCUGAGGGAGCACGGAGUGCAGAGCGCCCGUGCCAUCAAGCCGCCGGUGGGGACGAAUCCGGCAAGGGAAUUGAAGCAGACAGUGAGCGACAUAAAGCACGAAGUCCACUACCAGUUAGAACACACGAAGCAGACAAGAAGGCGCAUCCAGGGGAUCGCGAAACGCCUGAACAAAAUGCACACGGAGGGGUUGAACAACGCCAUAAACUCCACCACGGUGGUGGCAGUGCUGAUAGCGACGGUGGCAUUCGCGGCCAUAUUCACGGUGCCGGGGCAGUACGUGAACGACCCAGAGGAUAUCCCACCGGGGACGUCACUAGGAGAAGCCAACAUAGCGCCAAAAGCGUCGUUCAUGAUCUUCUUCGUGUUCGACUCCAUCGCGUUGUUCAUAUCCUUGGCGGUGGUGGUGGUACAGACGUCAGUGGUGGUGAUAGAAAGCAAGGCGAAGAAGCAGAUGAUGGCGAUCAUCAACAAGCUAAUGUGGCUGGCGUGCGUGCUCAUCUCGGUGGCGUUCUUGGCGCUGUCGUUCGUGGUGGUCGGGGAGCGCGAGCGGUGGCUGGCCAUAGUGGUCACCAUCAUCGGGACCACCAUCUUGGCUACCACUUUGGGGACCAUGUGUUACUGGGUUAUCGUGCAUCGGAUUGAGACUUCCAGCAGCAAGAGGAGUGUCAGAAAUACCUCUCAGCCCAACAGAUCAAGGUCCUUCUCAGGCUCUGUCUCAGAUUCAGAGCUACUCCACAAUGAAUUCAAGAAAAUAUAUGCUAUAUAGUAUAUAAUAACAUCAACAACCUUCAACAGUCCCUUGAUGGCAUGGUAGAUUGUGAUCAACCCAACACUUAUCCUCUAACAUUGCUUUGUACAGACCAAUGCAACGACUUUCAAGCUUACAAAAAUGAGAUCAAUAUAUACAAUUCUAUUAUUUGACUCUAAA